AUGGCGGGCGAUUCAUCUGCCAAGCAGCGGUGGAAAUGGCUCCGAGUUGGCGGCCGGAAUUCGGCGAAGUCCAAGACUCAUGAUGGCUCUGCCCAGCACGCAAACGCUGUCCUCAGUCCCGAGCCUGCUACCCCAUCGACCACGGCAGCUCCUCCCGCCCUACGACCAACAGCAGAUGCUGCAACCCCACUUCCUCUGGCAGCACCGCCCGCACCUCCGGACGUCGUAUUCUAUACCUCUCUGGACAAUACAGGAGGUGGGAAUCCGGAACUGCUGCGGGCAGCGGCAGAUGAUCGAGCGGUGAGCACUGGAGAGCACUCGGCCAGAUCCGGUUCGCACCAGGACCGAGCGAACAAUACACUCCGAACGCUCGAGCCUGGGCUUUAUGUGAUCUUUGACAGCAUUCGCGAUGACGAGCCCCCCAAUGUCGCGGAGGUCGACGUUGUUGCGAUCCAUGGUCUAAACUUCGAGGGUGUUCCCAAUCACGCGCAGAAAACGUGGACGAAAGGCGACAAGCUCUGGCUCAAGGACUUUGUCCCGGACUAUCUUCCGAAGCCGGCUCGGGUGAUGCUCUUUGCGUAUAACUCUAGCCCGGCUUUUGGCGCAUCGGCCAUUCGACUCGACGACCACGCAAGGAACCUAUUACAAUGGCUUAGCCUUGAACGAGGCGAUGUGCCGCAGAGGCCAAUAGUAUUCAUCUGCCAUAGCCUUGGCGGUCUGGUUGUCAAACAAGCACUCGUCGAAGCUAAGUUGGAUGAAUCAUACAAGUCAAUAUUCGAAGCAACAUGCCUCCUCGUCUUCUUUGCCACACCGCAUCGAGGCGGGAACUACGCCAGUGUCGGCCACGUCGCAGCCAAGUUAUUCACUAAGGCCCUGAGAACGGGUCCCAAUGACCUUACGAACGCACUCGAGCGGAACUCAAAUGAGGCGACAAAACGAUUUGAACAAGCCCGCCACAUUUUUGAGAGAACUCUUGUCGUUAACUUCUACGAGGGGAGGCGGUACCACAAAACGGACGUUAUUGUCGAUAAGGAUUCAGGAACGCUGAAUCUCCCAGGGUCGAUUGAGAAGCAAGUGGCCGUGGACGCUGACCACAGCUCUAUUUGCAAGUUUGACUCCAACGACAGUCCUGUGUGCCAGCUAGUUUUAAAGAGUAUCGCUGCGGAAGUCAAGCGCGGCCUAGAGUUAGCUCGGGAAAACCGUGGCCCCGAUCCUCUAUCGUUCAGCGAGAGAGAUAACAAGUGCUUGGAAGAUUUGCAAGUGACCGAUCCCCGUGAGGACAAGGUCCGCAUCGAGCUGGAUAAGGGUGGCCUUCUCAGAGAGUCGUACCACUGGGUCCUCAGCCAUGUCGAUUUCCUUCGAUGGCGGAACGACAGACACGCCCAUUUGCUCUGGAUUAAAGGUGAUCCUGGCAAAGGCAAAACGAUGUUGCUCUGCGGAAUCAUUGAUGAGCUGAAGGCCACUGCACUCACGGCCAACAUCUCGUUCUUCUUCUGUCAGGCCACGCACGCUCGCAUCAACACCGCUACAGCGGUCCUGCGUGGGUUGAUUUACAUGCUUGUGACCCAGCAGCCAGCACUCAUUUCGCACCUACGGAAAAGCUACGAUGGGUUUGGAAAAGAGCGCUUCGAAGGCCCGAAUUCAUGGGUGGCAUUGUCAAAGAUCUUAAGCAACAUUCUUGAAGACCCGCGAUUAGGGAGAGCAUACCUAAUUAUUGAUGCGCUUGACGAGUGUACUGGAAACCAGGGCCUGCUUCUUGACCUUGUCGCACAGAAGUCGUCAAAAUACCCGAGUAUCAAGUGGUUGGUAUCCAGUCGCAACUGGCCGAGCAUCGAGAAGGAUCUUGACACCGCGACGCAGAAAGUCGGCCUACGUCUUGAGCUGAAUGAAGAGUCCGUCUCCGCAGCUGUCACCACAUACGUUCAGUUCAAGGUGGAUUGGUUAGCAACGCGAAACAAAUACGGCAAUGAGACGCGGGCUACUAUCGAGCGCUACUUAUCUGCAAAUGCACACAACACCUUUCUCUGGGUGGCCUUAGUCUGCCAAGAGCUCGCCAACAUCUCCGAUUGGGAAGCUGAGGAAGUGUUAACAACAUUUCCGCCUAGACUCGACGCACUAUACAGACGGAUGAUGGGCCAGAUCUAUAACUCGAGACGUGCUAAGCUUCUUCAAAGAAUACUGGCUGUUAUCUCGGUUGUAUACCGACCUAUCACAUUGGACGAACUGCCGGCCCUUGUCGAUACGCUUGACAGUGUCUCUGGGAAUUACGAAGCUCUUGCAGAGAUUGUAGGGCUUUGCGGCUCUUUCCUAACACUUCGCGAACGCACUAUAUCUUUCGUCCAUCAGUCGGCCAAGGACUUUUUGCUCAAACAGGCACAUAAUGAGCUCUUCCCUUCCGGGAUAGAAGACAUACACCGUUUUAUCUUCUCGCGAUCGCUUGGGGUUGUGCGGGAAACAUUGCGACGCGAUAUCUACAACCUUGGCGCUCCUGGAUUUUCUAUCAACAAAGUAAGACCACCCGAUCCAGAUCCACUAGCCGCAGCACGGUACUCGUGUAUAUACUGGAUUAACCAUCUACGUGAUUGUGAUCCCAAGAAGAACGCGAACAAGGACCUCCAGGAUGGCGGAUCAAUCGAUACCUUUCUGCGCGAGAAGUAUCUCUAUUGGCUUGAAGCUCUUAGCCUUCUGAGAGGCAUACCAGAAGGAACGGCUUCGAUGUUAGAGCUUGAGAAACUGUUUGAGGCAGGAAAAGAGACGUCACUUCUCGCCGAGCGAGUCCGAGAUGCAUGUCGGUUUAUCGUCUACCACAAGUGGGCAAUUGAGAACAGCCCUCUUCAGGUGUACGCUUCCGCACUUGUAUUCAGCCCGGCCAGCAGCAUGACGAGGAGUCAGUUCAAAAAUGAGGAGCCUAAAUGGAUCAUCCAAAAACCGACCAUGGCAGACAAUUGGAGCGCAUGCCUACAAACGCUCGAGGGCCAUAGCGAGUCUGUUAGCUCAGUGGCCUGGUCGCACAAUGCGACCUGGCUAGCGUCGGCGUCAGAAGACAAGACAGUCAAGAUCUGGGAUCCGGCGACCGGCCAGUGUGUAUCGACACUCGAGGGCCAUAGCGGCUAUGUCCGCUCAGUGGCCUGGUCGCACGAUGCAACCCGGCUUCGGCUGGCUUCGGCGUCCCACGACAAGACAGUCAAGAUCUGGGAUCCGGCAACCGGCCAGUGUAUAUCGACCCUCGAGGGCCAUUGCGGCUUUGUCCUGUCCGUGGCCUGGUCGUACGAUGUGACCCAGCUGGCGUCGGCGUCAUGGGACAAAACAGUCAAGAUCUGGGAUCCGGAGACCGGCCAGUGUGUAUGGACGCUCGAGGGCCAUCGCGACUUAGUCCUGUCCGUGGCCUGGUCGCACGAUGCAACCCGGCUUCGGCUGGCUUCGGCGUCCUACGACAAGACAAUCAAGAUCUGGGAUCCGGCAACCGGCCAGUGUAUAUCGACCCUCGAGGGCCAUAGCAGCUAUGUCGGCUCCAUAUCCUGGUCGAACGAUGCGACCCGGCUGGCUUUGGCGGCACACGACGACACAGUCAAGAUCUGGUAUCCGGAGACUGGCAAGUGCCUGUCGACGCUCGAGGGCCAUAGCGGCUCUGUCCAAUCUGUAGCUUGGUCGUACAAUGCGACCCAGCUGGCUUCGGCAUCAUUCGACAAGACAGUCAAGAUCUGGGAUCCGGCAACCGGCCAGUGUAUAUCGACACUCGAGGGCCAUAGCAGCUAUAUCUUCUCUAUAGCCUGGUCGCAGGAUGCGACCCGGCUGGCUUCAGCGUCAGAAGACAAGACAGUCAAGAUCUGGGAUCCGACGGCCGGCCAGUACAUGUCGACGCUCGAGGGCCAUAGCAAGUUGGUCCACUCAGUCGCCUGGUCUCACGAUGCAACCUGGCUAGCGUCGGCAUCAGAAGACAAGACAGUCAAGAUCUGGGAUCCGGCGACCGGCCAGUAUAUAUCGACACUUGAGGGCCAUAAUGGCUAUGUCCACUUAGUGGCCUGGUCGUACGAUACAACCCAGCUAGCGUUGGCGUUAGACAACGGGAUAGUUAAGAUCUGGGAUCCGGUGACUAGCCAGUGCGUGUCGACACUCGAGGGCCAUACCGAUUGUAUCAGCUCUAUAGCCUGGUCGUACAAUGCGACCCAGCUGGCUUCGGCGUCACACGACGACACAGUCAAGAUCUGGGAUCCGGCGACUGGCCAGUGCCUAUCGACGUUCAAGGGCCAUAGCAGCGAGGUCAAUUCAGUAGCCUGGUCGCACAAUAUGACUCACCUGGCUUCGGCGUCUCUCGACCAAACAGUCAAGAUCUGGGAUUCGGUGACCGGCCAGUGUGUGUUAACGCUCAAGGGCCAUAGUGACGAGGUCACUUCUGUAGCCUGGUUGCACGAUGCGACCCGGCUCCGGCUAGCUUCGACGUCUUACGACAAUACAGUCAAGAUCUGGGAUCUAGCGAUUGGCCAGUGCAUGUUGACGCUCAAGGGCCAUACCGAUUGUGUCUACUCUGUGGCCUGGUCGCACGAUGCGACCCGGCUGGCUUCGGCGUCACACGACGACACAGUCAAGAUCUGGGAUCCGGCGACUGGCCAGUGCGUGUUAACGCUCGAGAUUGAUCGCAAGCUUCGUGACUUCCAAUUCCAUGAAUCCAACUCUGACCUUUUAUAUUCCGACCUUGGUGUAUUCAACUUGCGAACCGUCGCAAUCUCUCCGGUCUUCAUCCCUGCUUCGAUUGAUCACUCAUCACCAAUUGCUGUUGGAUAUGGCUUGAGCAACAAAGGCACUUGGAUUACGUAUCAAGGAGAAAACCUGCUGUGGCUGCCGCCCGAGUACCGGCCAUCAUCUUCAGCUAUAUCUGGAACGGUUGUGUCAAUUGGCUGUUCUUCGGGCCGCGUCUUGAUCUUCGCGUUCUCAGACAGCAAUCCAAUUUCGUAG